AUGACUCUUUGGGAGCGUUGUCUUGUGUCAUGUCGCGGCUGUUUACAAGUUCCACAAAUCCUUGUUCUUCUUUCAGCAUGUUCAAAAGCGGAGGGAUUUCUUCUUUUUAACGAAGUUUCAUUUCUUCUCGCAGUGGAACCGGUACCAACGGCAAAUGAACCAGGUCAAAAAGACGCGAUACCAUCUCCUCUUGUUCUUAACAAGCUGCAUUUCCAAAACGGGUACGCAGCAAGUCAACGAGGUAGUCCAAAUUGCUUUCCGGAUCCAAUUCUUCCAACUGCUCAGAGCUACGAAAAUACUCAAAUCUCCAUUGUUGAUGAAAAUCAUCAACUUGAAGAACUUGGCGUUGCUCCUCAAGGGCUUUGA